AUGUAUUCGACCUACGACCCUCCCUCGUCGCGGUCGCCUGGCUCGCAUCGUCACCAGCCGCAGACCCUUCACCGCCAGCCCUCCCGACAGUUCGAUGCGUACGGACAGCUACCCCCGGGCGGCCUCUACACCGCAGAAGACCACGCUCGUGGCUACGAUCAACCGCGCUCUUACGAUCGCCCCAAUGCUACCAUUCACUCGGGAUACGGCUAUGACAUGGGAGGCAGUCCAGCUUGGAAUGCGAAUGCAUUUGGCCAAAACACCACACUCUCCUCCUUGGGAGGUGCCGCUGGUCGCAUGAAGCAAUCCGGACGUGGAAGGAGCCAGCUCCCCUCAGGAUGGAUGGACUCUGCUCAGCCAGGACUCCCGAGUUUCGCCCUCCCAGGACUCGGCUCUGGACAGCCAACUCCUGUGCUUGGGCAUUCGCUUCGUCAGGAAAACUUCCCCCAGGACGUAGAUGAAGAACUUAUCCCCACGGCCAUCGUCAUCAAGAACAUCCCCUUUGCCGUCAAGAAGGAACAGUUGGUGCAGCUCAUGACUGAUCUUCGCCUCCCGUUGCCCUACGCCUUCAACUACCAUUUCGACAAUGGAGUGUUCAGGGGUUUGGCAUUUGCCAACUUCACGACCGCAGAGGAGACUGCGCAGGUCAUCGACACCAUGAACCACUUCGAGUUGCACGGGCGGAAACUCAGAGUCGAGUACAAGAAGAUGCUGCCGCUGGCCGAGCGCGAGCGCAUCGAGCGGGAGAAGCGUGAGCGCCGUGGACAACUCGAGGAGCAACAUCGUCCCCUCGGCGGGAACUUGCAGACGCAGCCUUCCUUCAGUUCACUUGCCUCUCACAUCCCAGCGACGUCACCAUCCCCCGUGUCUGCCCUCCGUGCACCCAAGAUGGGUACGUGGACACAACCUUCUCAGAUGGCUUCCCCCACUAAUCCCGUUGCAGAUGUGGAUCUGAACGACCCCCACGUCCUUCAGUUUUAUUCGCAGCUUCUCUUGUUCAAGGAGAAUGUGGAGCGCGAAAGCAUGACCUUCCCGUCGAACUUGGCUCCCAGCCAGCGUCGCAUCGUGCACACCUUGUCUCAUCAAUUGGGACUUGCUCAUGUGUCCAAGGGCGCCGGCGAGCAGCGCCAAGUUCACAUCUUCAAGGUUCACGAUAACCCGAACCUGAGCCCACCAAUGCCGCAAAUGCCUACCGAGCAACCACGCCGCGGGCUCAACCGUGCCGCAACCACAGACUUCAGCGAUGUCCGAGAGGGAUUUUACAAUGCAUUCGGACGCCAGGCCUCUGGUCUGCUCGGCUUCCCUGAUUCGCCAGGCGGUCUCAGUGCCGCCCCCAAUCUACGAGCAGCCAAGUCGUACGCAGACCUCCGAUCCUACACUCCUUCCCCUGCGCCCUCAACUGCCAGUCACCCCAUCGGCCGCCUGGGUGGCAAUCUCGAGGGACUCUCCUUCUCAGCCACGUCCACAUCGACGAACCCCAAUGGCACUCCAACCGCUGCAUCAAUGUCGCAACGUGACGAGGGUCUGUUGGAGAGGGAGUUGGGGCGCAUGCAGAUUGGCUCAGGCUUUGGCCAGAACACUAGCCCUCGAUCCCUGAGGCAGAUGACAUCUUGGGAGAACCCAGGUCCCAUCGGUGGACACCGCACAUUUGGUACGAAUUAUGAUGACCAAUCUCGCGAGAGAGGUUUGCCAUCCCGCCAGCCCCGUGGUCCCAUUCCCGAGCGUGGAACCGGAUUCAGCCGCCCCCGCCAGAAUGGCCACCAAGGAAGAGGCAGCGAUGAGCUCUCCUCCCAGUCCAAUGUAGAGAUACUCGUUGGACAGUGA